AUGGCUCAGGCAGCUUCUAAAACGUGUGAGAUUUGUGUAAGUGCUUCUGGAUCUCAUUACUGCGUAGAGUGUGAACAGAACUUUUGUGACAAUUGUAAAGGCUUCCAUAAACGGCAGAGAGUGACAAAACACCACCAGUUUCAGUCUUCCUCUGAUGUUAUACCGGAAGGUAAAUCAAAAUGUAAAGACCACAAUGAAGACGUAAGCUUUGUAUGUAAUACCUGUAACGUAGCGGUUUGUAGCAGUUGUGUCACCGGCAGUCACUUAGGGCAUGCCUUUUCCAAACUUCUCGACAGGAUAUCACAGCUGAAGGAGAAGAAUACAACAGACCUGCACAGUAAGGUACAUGAGGCAACCCAAAACAUGAAACUGCUAGAAGAAGGUCUGAAGGCAUUUGAUGUGAAGGUGGAAGGAAUAGUCAAAGCUAUUAAAGAAGAAGGUACAAAGAUAAAUAUCAUGGUUGAUAAAUGUAUCUCAGAGAAGAUUGCAUCGGUCAAGGAUCAAUCACGGAAGGAAAGAGACAAAUUAACAAAGCUAUUGGAAAAAACUCAAAUGGAUUUGAAGGCAGGACGCGACUUAGACAAGAAGAAACAAGAACUAAACAAGACACGAAACGAUGGAAAAUUGUUGCAGUCAUUACAGAAGCUUACAGACGACAUCACAAAGCUGAAGGUAAAGCCUACACCUGUAUUUCCUAGGAUACAUUAUACUGCUAAGUCCGCAACAGAUAACGACAUUAAACAGCUGUUUGGUAACUGCAUAAUCAGUGAAAUGCGUACACAACAACCAAUGAACAGAGAAAGAGAAUUGCCUUCACCAAAGAGAAAGGAAGAGAGAACUGAUAAAUUAUCGAUCGUGUUAGUGUCAAGUAACAAACAGAAAAAUAUAAUUAAAUAUACUGUAGUUCAUUAUAUAAAGAGACUUGUUCUCCUGUUCAUGUGGAGGUUUGAUGAACAGAGUCCAGUAAAGAGACAAUUAGGAACUAAACAUUUGCUAGAAACAGAAAUAUUCCAAGAACUUCCUUCAAAUGAAACAACUGUGACACAUGUAUACUGUUUUCUUUUUUAA